UUUAAACCGUAUAAAAUAUUUAAACAAAACCAGCACAGAUAUCUGCCAACCAUGGCUGCUGAAUCCUCCCAACAUGUGUCGAAAUGUGCUUACUCGGAACGGGCAAAGAAAACCACCCACCCGUUAUCGACGUAUCUCCUGCGGCUCAUGACCAUCAAGCAGUCGAAUCUCUGUCUCAGCGCCGACGUCUCAACGACCAGCCAGCUCCUCCACCUCGCCGAGACGGUAGGGCCGUCCAUCGUGGUGCUCAAGACACACUAUGAUCUGAUCAGCAACUGGGACUACCACCCGACGACAGGCACGGGCGCCAAGCUGGCCCGGCUCGCGCGCAAACACGGCUUCCUGAUCUUCGAGGACCGCAAGUUCGGCGACAUAGGCCACACGGUGCAGGCGCAGUACACCGAGGGCACCGCACGGAUCAUCGAAUGGUCGCACAUCACCAACGUCAACAUGAUCCCGGGCAAAGCAGUCGUCGACACCAUGGCCGAGGCCGCCGCCCGCUGGAGAGAACGCAAGCGCUACGAAGUCAAGACGGACAUCUCAGCGGGCUCGCCGCUCGCCGAGAGCCCCGUCUCGGAAGAGAAUGAGAAUGCGGGCGCGACGACGUCGUCGUCCCUCUCGCCAGACGACGUGGAACAGCGGGAAGGCUGCGCGCGCGACGGCCGCAAAGCAAGCAUCGUCUCCAUCACGACGGUGUCGCAGCACUUCGAGCCCGUGAACUCGCCGCGGGCCUGGGGCGAGACGUCGGGAGAAGAAGAAGGAGAAAUAUUCGCGGGGAUCGAAGAGGCGCCGCUGGAAAGGGGGCUCUUGAUCCUGGCGCAGAUGUCCAGCAAGGGGAACUUCAUGACGCGGGAGUACACGGAUGCGUGUGUGCGGAGCGCGCGCGAGCACCGCGACUAUGUCAUGGGCUUCAUCUCGCAGGAGACGCUGAACUCCGAGCCCGAGGAUCAGUUCGUCAGCAUGACGCCCGGCUGCCAGCUGCCGCCCGAGACGGAGGACGAGGAUGCGGAGAUCCAAGGCGACGGACAGGGGCAGCAGUACAACACCCCGCGGAAACUGGUUGGGCUGCUAGGCAACGAUGUGAUUAUCGUCGGCCGAGGCAUCAUCCAGGCGGCGAACCCGGUGACGGAGGCGGAGAGGUACAGGAAGGCGGGCUGGCUGGCGUACGAGGAAAGAAUCCGUUCUUCUUCAUAGAUGGGAGAGAGAGCGCGGGGGGGGAGCUUUUUGGGAGUAUAUGGGUUUUUUGGGAUGGGAAUUCACAAAAGAAAAAAAGAGCGUGUGCGGUAAAAGGUUGGAAAUAUCAUAUCGGCGAAAAGGCCAAGAUACCCAGAGGGGAGGGAGGGUUAAGAUUGCAUGCGUUUUUUAUUGCUGGGUGAUGAAAAAUGCAUACUUUUUAUCCAAGACUCCUUCCUGACUCCUGUGAUUCAUUCCGUAAGGAACACCAGGCCAAACAAAAAAGACACCUGAUCUGGCUCUUGCAUACCCCUAUCCUAGCAUACCCCUAUUCUACCUACAGUAUAUUGGCCCCCCCCUCAUACCGCAGACUUCCCAAUGCAGGC